AUGUUUGAGUUGCCCUACUUCAUCAAUGAACUGACUGUCUCAAGCAUUGACUUGGGCACUGAACUGCCCGUCAUUCGACGCGCCGGUAGACCCUUCCUGGACAACCACGGUCUGUGGAUCGAGGCAGAAAUAAUCUACGCCGGUGGCUUCACUGUCUGCCUUGAAACUAAGGUUAACUUGAUGAAGCUUCGUGACCGAAGUGGCAAAACCAAUGGUACACCUGAUAAUCAGGACCAGCCCGAAAGUGCUACUUCCUCCGCAAAUACAAGUUCCGGCACAGGUCCCUCGUUUGCGCCCCACUCCUCACGUUUGGCGGCCUUUGCGUCAGACGAAGAGGACAGUGCUGACUCCUCUACGGAUACCGAUGCUGACGUUAGUACCCUAGGCGGUGCCUUCAAUGGAGAAGGAGCGCGCACCCCCUUCACGAAUACCUCAGAUGGCUCUAAUGCUGCCUCUUCGAUCUCCGCCGGAUCCCCAGAAGCUCGGGAUGAACAAAACGACUCGUGCGUAACCUGUUUCAGUCUCAUUAGUCUGCUCUCUUUCCCAUAG